GUUCCCACAUCCUGUGAUUCUGAUUCUUUUAUCGAUGUCGUUUAUGAAUGCGGUUUCGGCUCGAAGGGAUCAAAACAGCGUCAGGAAGGAAGGUUUUCAUGGAUUCUAUCCGAUUGGUCGUCGCGGCGCUGCUCCUUACAGGAGUAUCUGCCGGCAGUACCGAAGACUCCAACUUGUUCCUGGACAUCGUUCUUGAGGCUUUCCUUCCUGACCUUGUGAGAAACGCCUCGCAAGAUCCUCUCCCGCUUGCUGAUAUUCGUUUUGACGUUAUCGACUACUACAUCCCCACCGACAAAGCCACAGUUGAAUUCUCUGGCGGAAGACUUAUCGGGUUGGCCUCCAAGGUUCGCCGACAUGGUCGCUGCACACGUCCAAGGCUGCUGGCCGACAAGGUCACUCUGGAGUGCGAACUGACAUUAGAUGGCGUCACCGUCACUUACAACGGGUCUUACAGAGCUCCAGGAAAGGACGGGAAGAUGCAUAAUAUUUCUGUGGAGUUAAUUGUUCUGAACACUUACGCCUUCGUACAAGUCACCAGCAAAGAAGAUGGCACACCAGUGCUGAAUAAUUUCAGGAUUCCAAAGGUGAGCCUGAAGCUCAAAGAAACAGGGUUCAGCGGCUUCGCCCAGUCGGACAACGUGAGGCAGGCACUGAGACGAAGCGUACAAAGCAAGCUCUCUUCUGUGCUGCUUCGAAAAUUCCGCAAAACCCUCGAGGAAGCUUUACAAAGUGUGCUGAUGCCUAUUGCUUGAAACGGAUCCGGAAUGGGUGUUGUAUUUCAAUAAAAUCAAGCACGCGUGUAUUGAUGGAGGGAUGGGGCACAAUUUGUUCCCCAAAAUGAAAUUUUUGGACCUUCCCGUGAUGUUCCCGGGGCGCCAUUAGUGACUCCGUUUGAUAUGAUGCCACUUAACGAUGAAAUGUUUGGACGUUGCGGUAACAUUUCAUGCACAAAUAUAAUGUCACCGCAGUGAUUCUAUUUCACUGUUGGUGCAGUAUUUGAAAUGUUGCAUUUUAGAAACAUUGCGAUUAUGUUACCGAGGGAGUUUUUUUUAAUGCGAAGCAGAGUUGCGGAGUUGCCACUCCGGGGUUGGAAUGAUUCCGGAAUCAUUCCAGAUUUAUCAGAGCCCGGAAUGGAAUUUGUAUGGAAUGGCUGAAACUGUCCUGGGAAUGGAAUGGGAAUGGAAUUAGGCAUUUUUUCGCAGGCGGAUAGAAUUGGAAUGUAAUGGUCUGGGUGCCGCACGGUCAAGAGCGAUGCACACUAAACUUUUUUACACCCUUUUCAGUGUAAGGUGGGUGUACCAUAACUCACACCCUUUUGAGUGUAAAAAUUUGUAGGUGUAAUGAAAUACACCUACCUCUGAGGGUGUAUUUCACAACACACUCAAACACCUCUGAAAGGUUGUAACAUCUACUUAGUGGGUGUGCUGCUUAUUGGUCUACACUGGUGAUUUGACGAUGCCCUACAACUGAGACUGAUUCAAUUUUUAGUGUGGCGUAAAGUCCGCAGCUUUGGUUCCAUAGUGUGGGUAUCAUACAUAUCAGCCAAAGUAAAUAAAUAACGUGAACACGUAAUGCAUUGUGUGCUCCCAAUAUAGCAAUUACGAACUGGUGCCAUAUUGGACCAGUAUGAUAUACGGAUAAGGAUAUACGCGCUUACAUUUAGACGCGCUUAGAGAUAAAUUCGCAACAUCACAUAAAUGCGAUGACGAACCAAGCUCACUUAGAAAGCCAUUUCCCUUCUAAGAGCAAAACAGACACUAUAUACAUUGCCUGUCUUGCGAGCGUCUGCAAAUUCGAUAGCCCUGCUCCCAUUCCAGUCAAAACCAAGGGUGAGAUGUCCAAGUUUAAUUUGAUUAUACACACAAAAAAACACUGAAUCGAGGAAUUGCUUGGUGUAUCAACUCACCAUCAAGAUAACGUUUGUGUUUCUAACUUGUUUUGGUAUGACGGAAAAUUAAGCCUCAGAGUACACGCCAUUUAUAUUCCAUGAAAUGUUAAACAUUUCACAAUAAGGCAAAACGCCCCUAUACCAUUGCACCCUUAUUACGCCCUGAGUACACCUUUAACACACCAAUGUAGACGCGCACCCAAUUCACACCCACGUAUGAGAGGAUCAGCCUCGAAGGGGUGUAAUAAGAGUAUGAUCUGGGUGUAUAUUUCAAAAUACACCUCUCUUACACUAACAUAGGUGUAAAAAAAUUUAGUGUGUGGUUUGGUUUCGUUUUAAGAAUAAACAAAUAUGAGAUUUUGGCUUUACUAGUGUGAGCCCCACAACCUCUCAUCACUUUCCAGUUACUUUAGUGGAAAGCUCCUGUAAUUAUGAUGUCAAUGAAGAGGCGGAGAGGAGGAGGGCGAAAUAAACUUGUCUUUGGGCUUUUUC